UGUGUGUGUGGAGCUGUUCCUGGGUGUCAGCGGCGGAAGACCAGGGUGGUUUGGACGUGAUUUGUUCCCGCCCUAAACACAUUCACACUGACUUUCACUGUCACUCGAUUGGUGCUGUUCUGAAUCAGAAAUAUAUCCCUGCACUGACACCCGCGCUCGAUCCGAUACACUGUCACAUUGUAACACUCCGGCGCGAAUCGGAACUCAUUGUUACAUUGUAAUCUCGCGCCUGCGGUGAUCGUGAUACAUUGUAUCCGCUGAUGAUGGAGCGCUGGAAGGGGAGAGUCGCGCUGGUCACCGGAGCUUCUGUCGGGAUCGGAGCGGCUGUCGCUCGGGCUCUGGUCCAGCACGGAAUGAAGGUGGUCGGAUGCGCCAGGAACGUGGACAAAAUCGAGAAGUUGGCCGCAGAGUGUCAGAGCGCAGGAUACAGCGGCACUUUGAUCCCGUAUAAAUGUGAUCUGUGUAAUGAGGAGGAGAUUCUGUCCAUGUUCUCGGCCAUUAAGACUUUGCAUCAGGGUGUGGACGUGUGCAUCAACAAUGCAGGACUGGCGCACAACGAACCUCUGCUCAGCGGAAAGACAGAAAGAUGGAAGAAUAUGAUUGAUGUGAACAUACUCGCUCUCGCUAUCUGCACACGUGAGGCCUACCAGUCCAUGAAGGAGAGGAAUGUGGAUGACGGACACGUUAUCAAUAUUAACAGUAUGGGGGGACACAGGAUGGUGCCCAGCACUGACGAACACUUUUACUGCGCCACUAAAUAUGCUGUGACCGCAUUGACAGAGGGGCUGAGACAAGAGCUAAGGGAAGCCAAAACACACAUCAGAGCCACAUGUAUAUCACCUGGAAUAGUGGAAACUGAUUUUGCCUUCCGGCAUCACAACAGUGAUCCAGAAAGAGCCGCUGCUGUUUAUGAAAGCAUAAAGUGUUUGAAAGCAGAAGACAUCGCCAGUGCUGUCACAUACGUCCUCAGUGCACCUCCUCAUGUUCAGAUCGGUGACGUGCAGAUGCGGCCAGUAGAGCAAGUGUCAUAGGAACAGAAUGGCACAGGAGGUCAUGCAGCAGGAGAGCCGGGUCAACUCAAGGCGGGACUGCGCCACCUGCUGGUCAAAAUAUAUGUAUCCCCUAAUUUUAAAGAACUGAACUGCUCAAAUCUGAGAAUGUGGCACUUCCUGGGGUGAUCUGAAGAUUCGCCCUGCGCUUAAGAGCUGUAUGGUGAGAGAGAGAGAGAGAGAGAGAGAGACAGAGGGAGAGGGGAGAGAGAGAGAGAGAGAGAGAGAGAGACAGAGGGAGAGAGAGAGAGAGAGAGAGAGAGAGAGAGAGAGAGAGAGAGAGAGAGAGAGAGAGACAGAGGGAGAGGGGAGAGAGAGAGAGAGAGAGAGAGAGAGAGAGGGGUCACCACUGAAAACCAUUUAAAAUAUGCAGAUUUACAGUCUGCUGCUGUUGCAAAUGCGGGGACACUUUUAACCUUUUCUAAACAAAAAACUGGAACUAAACAGAGAAGAUGUGUGUUACUGUCCGCAAUGGUCACCCAAGACCACUUGUACCAGACAAGUAUGCCAUGAAUUGCACAUCAUUUUUGGUCUCUUUUUAGGUCAUAUUGCACAUCCGUUUGUGAGUGAGUGAAUUUGAUACACUGUUGCUCAGUGCCGAUAAUGAUGUUAAUAUCUGUAUAAUGUUUUUAAUUCUAAGUUGAAUUGUAUGUAGAUGUGAUUCUCAAACCGUACUUACAGUGGAAUGGAUGCAGCUUCUCUACCGUUUGUGGUACAGUAGCUGUACGAGGUUUGCCUAAAUAAGCCACAGAGCUCGUUGGCUGUGCUUUUUGGGAACAAAACUAAAGCACAUGAUGUUCAUUAUGGAAGAGGUCGUUUGGUCGCUGUCACACUCCGGAAAUCAUGUAGGAACCUUUUAAAUGUUGUCUUUCACUGAACCUGAAUGAAAAGGUGACGCUGGCUUCUGUCAUUGGAAAACAAGUAUGGAAACACUGUAGUGAGCACUUGAAAGAAAUAAUACUUGAAUUAAUCUAUUCUUGCUGAUUAAACAUGGUGAUGAUUGUUGGUUUUGGAUAAAUUGCUUUUUCGUUCACUGUAUGCCACCUCUGUAUCACAAAAAGGUGCAAGAUGUGAUUUCCAGCACAUGACUUCUGCUUGUAUUUAACAUAACCCCUUAUUUGACCAGAAGACAAUUAAAGUGUGUGACAUGAAUUACAUUCUCUAGUUGGAGCGUUUCUCACGAACAUAUUCCAGGUCAUAUUUCACCCCAAAAUCAAUGAUUUUUUUUUUUUAUAAUAAUAAUAAUAAUAAUAAUAAUAGUUGUAUUAAGCAAACAAAGCCUUUUUAUUAUUAUAUUAUUAUUUCCUUUUUUUUUCUCAUUAAUUUUUUUCUUUUUUUUAGCCUUGUGAUGUUAUCUUCAUGACAGUUAAGCACCUUUUCUCCCCAAAUUGUCAAUUCUGUAAUGUGAAAAUAAUGAUGAAAUGUAAUGAGAAAAAAAAUCAUUGCAUCAUAGUUGUACUGCCUUUCAUUUAUGCUGAAAAAAAAAAAAUCAUUGUAUUGCAAAACAAAUGAGUAAUAUUUACAAAAUUCAUCCUAAAAUGACCAGAAGCAUUACAGUAAUGAACAUUUAGGGCAAGAGAUUUGGGGAAAUAAAUUGCCGAAAUAAAUUUGGAAAAAUCGUAUUAGUCCUAAUACAGGCAUCAUUUUAUUUGUGCAUGCAUAUAUAUAUAUAAACACUGGUGGCCAAAAGUUUGGAAUUAUGUACAUAUUUUGGUCUUAUGGAAAGAAAUUAGUACUUU